UGUGGUGGCGGGUGGAGCAGCGCCAAGCCCGAUCGGCCGCCCUUCCUUGCCGACCUCGUCCUCUUCAUCCACAGGCCCAGCUCAGUCUCACUGCGGACGCGCCCACUCCCCUCACACCGCGCCUCAAUGCCCGCAAAACUGCGCAAUGCGCUCUCCCGGAGCCUGUUGCGCCCGUCGAGCAGCGCAGGCGUCUUCUACUGCCCAUCUUGCGCAACCUGGCGCCGAGCGCUCUCAGCGCGUGCUAGCGGUAUUGACCAUAACGAGACUGCGCGCCGGAACAGCCGCCUCCUAGAUACUGCGCCAACUAGGGCUAUCCGCCCAUUUACCACUUCGCCGGCAAUUUCAGCGGGCAAAACGGUUCCCCCGCGAUUCAAAGAGCUGUAUGAUGCCUUGAAUGGAAUCAAGGAUGCAGCUAUCGAGCAGGUCAGCGUUAGUCGUUUGUCGCUUGCGCUGCGUGGGUUAGAGUCGGAGGAGCCUCUAAUCCGGGUUGCUGUGCUCGGGUUAGACAACACAGAGGCGGCACGCAAGUUAGUUCGGUUGCUUCUCGCUGACCCCCUUGGGCCGCGUGAGAACUGGGAGGAUAUUUUGGAGAGUUCCGAUUCUGGUCCCUCACAGGGACUGUUGAUUCGGUACGGCGAGGUGUCCGAAUCUGUUCCAAACGACCUCCUACCUACCAUCUCCAUUCGUUCGCCCAUCCUACAAAAGGGCAACCUCGAAAUCCUGAUCAGCUCUAUUGGCUCCGAGCCGGAUACAUCUGGUGCCGCGCUCUCCGCCGAGUCAUUCCUCGUGCCCAAUGUCACCAUCCAAACAUCACACUCCGGGCGGCAGAAUGUUGUUCGAUACCCCGUCCAUCGGAGCAUCCUGUGCGGCGUUGGAGUGGACGGCCUGCUUGCUUUCAGUACCUUGAUUGGUCGGUCAAAUCUUCAAAACGAGGUGGCAUCCGUCCGUGGUGCCAUUGAGCUUUCUGUGACGGAUCAGAAUCGCAAAAGCGAUCGCCUGUCCUUUGUUGAUAUUGAGCGCGCGACGACGGCCUUGAACAUGAUUCGGGAGUCUGUACAAAACGCCUCUGCAUACGAGCGUGGAUGGAACGGUAGCGGUGUGCAGCCUGUAAUCGAUUGGCUUGCUUCGACUUCCCAAGCAGUGAAGGAAGACGCUUUGAACCCGGUUCUAGCUCCGCUCAUUGAAUCACUGCUGGAUGCAGCUGAUAAAGGCGUUGUUAUUCGGGACGCCAAGGCCAUCCAGGACCAAACAGCUGGCGUAACCCCUCAGGAAGUCCGCAACCAGCUCGAAAGCGGAGUCAGCACAUGGGCCGAGCAAGCACACUCAGAGCUCCGCAGCUCUUUAGAAGCAGGCUUCGCUAGUCCACGGUGGCGUGGGCUGGCAUGGUGGAAGUUGUUCUGGCGCGUCGACGACGUGAGCAUGAUCACGUCCGAGAUUCUGGAGAAACAGUUCCUCCGCCACGCAGAGCGGCAAGUCAUCUGGAUUUCCGGCAAGUACCAGCAAGCUGGCUUGCUGGAAGAGGCUACUUCUUUUCCCGCACCGGAGUCCUCCUCGGACAUGACCCCUGCCAAUUCGACUCCGCCCCCUUGGCCAACCCAGAUCCCCGACACGCGCACCAAACUGCUCACAACAACCGUUCCCUCACUCCAAGCCCUCGCCCAGAGCCUUGUGCUCUUCAGCGUUUCCACCACCACCCUGGCCUCCGCUCUCUCCGCUCUCACAUAUGUCUCCAUGCCGUCCGCCUCGGUCUAUGAAUCAUGUACCCUAGCUGCUAUCGGCCUCAUCUACUCGCUGCGCCGCCAGCAGAAGAAAUGGGACGUCGCACGCGAGUUCUGGGAGGAAGAGGUCCGCGAUGAGGGCCGCAUCUCGCUGCUUGAAACGGAGGCGCUCCUGCGUAAGAUUGUGCGCGAGGGUGGUAAGGAUGUCGAACAGCUAUCUGACCACCGGACGCGUGAAAUGAUUACCCGCGCCCGGAGCGCCCUGGCGAAUGUACGGGCUUGA